AGGCUCUUUGGCUUCGUGGCCCGUAAACAGGGCAGCACCACGGACAACGUCAGCCACCUGUUCGCCGAGCUGGACCCCGCCCAGCCGGCUCCCGCCAUCCUGUCCUUCCUCUCCAGGAUGAUGAAGCGCUGAACACCCCCGGCGGACAUUUGUCUCCCUCGUCGCCCCUCUUCUGUUUUUGUCCCGCCCAAUCGAAGGACUCCUCUCCUCCUGUUCCUCCCUUCUCUCUCCCCCUCCUCCCCUCCGUUCUCCCCCUCGUUGGUUCGUGCGGUCGUUGACAGGGUGUUUCCGUUUCCAGGCGUUUGGCGGUCGACCGGGCGGGAGGCCGUCCCAGGAGCGACCCUGAGGUGAAGAUGCUAGCUAGCCUCUAGCUAGCUAGCCGCGAGGUUAAAACGCAGGGCUAGGCUCGUCGACGGACGGACGAGAGUACGGAUUUACCAAAGGCAGUCAAAAAAA